GGAAGCCCCCGUUUCUGGAGGCCGGAAGCCCCCGUUUCUGGAGGGAUUCCUCCAUCGCUUAUUGGGCUGCACCCCUGAAUGAAUGAACCAAAUUUUGUGAUGGAUAAAGACUUUAAUGCUGAACCAACUUCCUAUUCUCUUCAAAGUUCUUCAGAACCAUUGUUUUCUAUUCAGAUAUUAGAAUUCAAAACAAGUUUGUUAGAGGCUUUAGAAGAAUUACGCAUGAGAAGGGAAGCAGAAAUUCAGUAUGAAGAUCAUAUUAAGAAGAUAAUUGUAGAAAAGCAAGAACUUCAGUGGCAAAAGGAAAAUCUUCAGCAUCAAAAAGAAACAUUAACAAAGCAGCAUAAAGAAGCUAUGGCACUUUUUAAAAAGCAGUUGCAAACAAGAAUGUGUGCUCUGGAAGAAGAAAAGGGACAACAUCAACUUGCUUCAGAAAUAAAAGAAAAAGAAAUAGAAGGACUAAAAGAAACAUUGAAGGGAUUACAGGUUUCAAAAUAUUCUUUACAGAAGAAAGCAAAUGAAAUGGAACAAAAACUCCAGUUAAACCUCUUGGCUAAAGAAGAUCAUCAUAAGCAACUGAAUGAAAUAGAGAAAUAUUAUGCUACAAUCACAUGUCAAUUUACAAUGGUAAAAGAAAGUCAUGAAAAAUUAGAACAGAAUGUACACGAAGCAAUCCAGUUAAAUAAGAGACUGUCAACAAUAAAUAAAAAACUAGAAUCUGAAGUAUGUAGUUUAAAACAGGAGCUGAAGAAAGUAACUACAGAUUUGAUAAAGUCCAAGGUCACAAGUCAGUAUAGGGCAGAAGGAGAAGAUAUCAAUCUUACAAUAAAGGAACAACAAUUUCAAGAAUUACAAGAAAAGCUUCGAAUGGAAAUUGAAGUAAGAAAGAAGAUUAGUGAAAAGGUUAUCUGCCUUCAAGAAGAAAAACAGGGCAUCAUCAGUUCUUUUGAACAUAUUCAACAAUUACUUCAGCGACAGACUCAAAAUAAUAUCAGAAUGGAGGCAGACUUAAAAGCACUGAAAGACAAUAAUCAGACCCUUGAAAGAGAUAAUGAGCUGCAAAGGGAGAAGGUAAAAGAAAAUGAAGAAAAGUUCUUUAAUCUUCAAAAUAAGCAUGAGAAAGCACGAGGAACUUGGGAAAAACAUGAAAAAAAGCUCAUUGAAGAAAUAGAUGCGAUUAAAAAUGAGUUGAUGUCAAUUAAAGAAGCUCAUCUUAAAUUACAAGAAAGCUAUAAUGAAUUAUCCUCUCAGAAGAAUGUCUUUUUUGAGCAUGAUAAUAAGCUUCAGAACGGCAAAGAAGCAAAAGAGAAUGGAAAUGAAAUUUCAACAGAGCAAAAACAAUCUAAGUUGAUAGAAAUCACCACCAUACAACAGCAGAAUCCUCAGCAAGAAAUAACUGCAGUAAAUGCCAUGAAUUUUUGUUCAAACACUGAAUAUAGACCAAUAGUAAAAAAUAACCAAGGCCAUGAGAGAAAUUCAGAAGAAUUACAAUUUUUUGAAAACAAUGAGAAAAAAGAAAUUGAUCCUACUAAAGAAAGAAAAACUGAAGAACUUUCUGAAGAAAAACUACUUAAAACUUCUCAAAGUAAAGCUUUCAGUCUAGAUAAAGAUUUAUUGCGGCAAGGCCAGAUCUGUCAAGUAUACACUGCUGACUUGAGAAACACAGAAGCUACACAAACAAAAGACAAAAUGUGCUUAGAAAGAGGUUUUGGUUGUAUGGAAUUUCAGACACUGAAUAAUCCUUACUUGGUGACAGAAAUAUCAGUGGAAAAAGGAAGGAUUCUUCAAGACAGACCUCAAGAGUUCAUUCUCCCCCAUGCAGAUGAGGCUGCAGAAACUGGUCACAACAAGUCUGUCCAGGAAAAGCUUCCUGAUAGCAAUCAUGACAUAAAUAAUGUACAAUGUGGGGAAGAUGUUACUGGGAAUGAAAUACCCAAACAAGAAUCCAGAAUGAGUCUUGGGACUGAAGAAAAUGCUAUAAAUGAAGAAAUUUCAAAUAAUGACCUAAAAGAAGCUAAAUUGAAUCCUGCCCUAAUUGCAAAAGAUGUUUCUAUUGACUAUCCAAAGGACAGCUCAAGGGAUAAUAGUUCUUGUGUCUCAGAUUAUAAAGAGUGUAAAUCAAAUCAAACACAUCCAUUACCUAAAAGAGAAUGUGAUGAUGCACAAUGUAAGCAGGGUUGUUCUUCUGCUCAAGAGAACCAUGAUACUUUAGGGGAAAUGGACCUAACCAAUACCUGUGGUAUGACAAUUAAUAACCCAAUUUCACCUGCUGCCUUAAAUGAUAAUAGGAAGGUAUAUUGUGAGAGUUCAAAAAAAUUCUUUAGUAUGAAGGCCAUCCCAGGAAAAGCCACCCGAAGUCUGAGGGAAGUAGUUUCUUGGGAAAACUUGAAUGAAAUACAGAGCCAUCAAUCCAAACAGGAUGGUCCUAAGCAGGUAGAAAGUGAGGAAAAUGUGACAGUUUGUCUUUUUCAAGUUAACCCUGAGAAUACAGCUGUUUCACAGAUCCAAGAUGUGGAAGCUGCUGUUCAAAAGCCUACUCUUGGGAAAACUAUCACUGGUAUACCAAGUCUUUCCAGCAAAGAGAGUCAAGUUAAUGAUACUCAGAUAAAUGAAGGCAAAGAUAAUUCCAUUGCAAAAAAUGACCUCUUCCUUGUUAGUAAUAUUAUGGCACCGCAGAAAACAUUGUUAAAUAAUUCAAGAGAGAAAACAGACUCAUUAAGUAACACAGUUUCAGAAAGAAAAUAUAUUGAAGGACAGUUGGAAGAAUCAUGCUUGUUUCACAUAAAGCCAUCUGGAGAUUUAGUAAACAGAAGUGGAAGGUCAGCCUUUGAUCUUUCAACUUCAGAUAAAGAAACUGAGAAAACUCCAGUAUACUUAAAUUUUUUAGACCCUCGUCCUUGGGCAAAAGUAAAUCAAGUUGAAAGUCAAACAAUGAACACUUUAGCUUCCAAGAUGCCUUUGUUGCUAAAAGAGAGACUGGUGGGUUCAUCAGAAAACAAAAAGAAAUCUUCAAAGAUACUUUGUCAAAAUCUUGGCCUGCAUGCUGUCAUGAGGAAAAUAAGAAUGGAUACUCCCAGCAUUAACAGAAUGGCUGACACUUUGACUAACUCAAGUAUCCAGCCAAGUCCCAAGAGAGAUCCCAGAGAAGAGUGGAAUGCGAUUGCAGAGACAUUUUAUGAUUCUUCUUUUCCCACAGAACAUGACAAACCACAACUCCUGAAGGCCGGCUUACUGCCCAGACCCGUUCAGGCAGCCCAGAGUAAAGAUAAGGCUGAUUCUACCGACUGUUCUCUUGGUGAAGAAGAGGAUGACUGGCAAUCCCAAGCCAUUUUGAUGAAAAACCAAAUUAGUGAAAUAGAAAAGUUUCUGAAUUUGGAGAAGUCUAAAGAAACCAGAAAAAGAAAAUCUGAAGAGUUAUUAGAAUAAGUAAUUGAAAAAAAGCUGAAUACUUGAAUGGAUGCUCUUUAUAAUGCAACCAGUUAACUAGAAUGCUGUAUUUUGAACCAAAUAGAAUAUGAUA